UUUACCUUAUUGACGUUUAGUUUAGUGACUUUAAUUGCGUGCAGUUGAUGACAACAAUCAGCUGAUUUUGACAGAUGUCAGAAUUGACAAAAUGGCGAUUGGAAGUUUUACGAGUUUUUAGACAAAGGAACGUUCGAUUUAAGAGAAAAAGAAUAAACGGUUUUGAUUUGUUAUUUGUUGUGUAUUAUUGUUGAGUAAAGACUGUUUUUUAUUAAUUGCGCAAAAUGCUGACGCUCAACGUGGUUCCUGAACGUUCUUUGGGCUGUGAACAGUGGGAGUUUAUUGUAGGAAUGCAUUUUUCCCAGGCUAUUGCAAUUAUUCAGUCCCAAGUGGGCAACAUAAAGAAUGUACAAGUCCUCUAUAACGAUACUAACCCUUUAGACAUAGAUCUUGUUCUUAAUCUACCCCAAGACGGCAUCAGAUUGUUUUUUGACCCAAUCUCACAACGGUUAAAAAUCAUCGAAAUCUACUGUAUGAAAUUAGUAAAAUUAAAAUACUGUAACCUUCCAUUUAAUUCACCCGAAGUACUGCCAUCAAUCGAACAAAUUGAACACUCAUUUGGUGCCACUCAUCCAGGAGUAUAUGAUUCAGAGAAAGAGUUAUUCAUAUUGAAUUUUCGAGGACUUUCCUUCUAUUUUCCAGUAGAAUCAAAAUUCCAGUCUGGAAACACCCAUAAUUUGGGUUCCCUUCAAUUCCCCCCAGGGAGCUCGCCCCUAGUUUCCCGCAUGACAAUAUACUACGGUUCGAACAUUGAGCAGGCCUGCGCCCCCGAACUGCCCCUGUCUUGCUACCACGGCCAGUUGUACCUCCAAAAGGCCGAGAUACUGAGAGGAGAGUGCUACACGAAAGGAGUCAAACUCAGCCUUCUUGCAGGCUCAAACAGCCGUCGCAUGGACUCGAAGAUCCAGUUCGAUCGGGAGAUCCUCCUGGGGCACACCGCCCAAGACGUGGCCACGGCGCUGGGAGCCCCCAAUGAGGUGUUCUACAAGAGCGAGGACAAGAUGCGGAUUCACACCCCCAAUGCCUUGCGUCGCGACACCGACACUAAGAGCGACUAUUUCUUCAACUAUUUCACGUUGGGAUUGGACGUCCUGUUCGAUGCUCGUUCGCAUCUGGUGAAAAAAUUGGUCAUGCAUACCAACUAUCCAGGCCAUUACAAUUUCAACAUUUACAUGAGAUGCGAAUUCAAGUUGGCGCUGAAUGGGACUGAUAUCGACGCCUACUGUCAUUGGGAUGAUAUUUGUAAACAAUUGACUCCCAGUGAGCGACCAGUUGUUUUGAACAGGGCCAGUUCGACCAACACGACGAACCCCUUCGGGAGCACCCUGUGCUACGGGUAUCAGGACAUCAUCUUUGAGGUGAUGCCCAACAACUUGAUUGCCUCUUUGAGCGUGUAUGGUGAUGGUAGGCCGUACCAGAGCGAGUCGGAGCACGCGUGACAGAGGCUAUCUGCCACUUACCUCAUUCUAGCAAACAGGUACUGGCAACCGUAAGAAUUUAAUCCACUAAAUCCCUAGUUUACAACAUGUACAGUUAACGUCAAUAUCAAGUAGGAGAAUAGCCACGGAUUCAUAGCUUAAUUGUAAGGUAAAUCUAGUUAAUUGAGAAAAUUAACCAAAAAAAAAUUCAAAAGUGUGAUGAAAACCAAAAAAAUUACAAACGAAAAAAUUGGUAAAAAAAAAGCGAGCCCUGGCCUUUAGUAUAAUUAGCCUUGUGAAAUGUGAGCUUAAGGGGCGCAGGGCGAUGUGUUCAAUUUCGUUUUUUGCCAUUGGAAGUUUUCCUGUAAAUAUUUCAACUUUUUGUCCAACAUAAUGGUUUCAAACCAAAGAAAAAAAGGUUUUUAUAGAAUCUUAAUUGAGUUGGGUUCAGGACGUUGCGUUUUCAGUUUGUGAGCGUUUUAAGCAAUAAGUGUGUAGUAAUUUAUGUUUAAUUUAUGUAACGAAGAACCUGAACGGUUUUUUAAUUUAGACAUUACUAUAAGUAAUGAGGUUUUUCCAGUACAUCAAUUUAUAUAUUAUUGUAUCAAUAAAAUAUUACCGUAAGUUAAGUCAUACUGAUCUGGAAGUGUUCGAUUCUGGUUUGUUGUUUGCUUCAUUUCAAAAUAAAACAGUCGAACUUGCGUUUAGUGCAUUUGUUUCGUGAUUAACAUUGCCAGUACAUUCGGGGAUUCCCAGUUUUAAACGACACGCAAUGCAAGUUCCACUGUUGGUGUGACCAGCGUUUAUAUUUAUUUAUGUGAUUUAAGCUCUAAUUGAGACACUAUAUUUUUAUAUUUAAUCAUAAUCAUUUCAGAUCUCAUAAGGCUUUAGUUAUAAAAGAAAAAGAAAAAUGUGAUUCAUGUCAUUUAUACAAAUAAAAAACUUCAAAAACC